CUACGAUCAUGCCGGAGUCAGGAUCGUCGAUGGCUAUUUUACGAUGGAUUUUGGACGUUUUCACUUUUCACAGGGGUUAUCAGAUCUUCGUCUUCCUCCUUGUUAUCGUUAGUUCAACUGAGACGUUGAUUUUGAGAAGUGAAGUACGAUUGCGUCGUGUUAACCGAGUUGAAUCUGCAAGUGUGAAUAAUGAUAAGGGCUAUGCUGGUGAUCAACAACCAAGGCAAGUCUCGCCUAGCCAAAUUCUACAAUUAUACGCCUGUGGAGCAACAGCAGCAACUAAUACGCAGCAUCUACUCAGUUUUAUGCUUGCAGCCUGAAAAUGUAAGCAAUUUCAUUGAAGGGGGCUUGUUAUUGGGUCCGGAUUCACGGCUCGUGUACAAGCUCUUUGCAACCUUGUACUUUGUCUUCGUAUUUGAUAGCUCCGAAAAUGAGCUGGCUAUGUUUGAUCUUAUACAAGUGUAUGUGGAAAUACUGGAGAAGUGCUUCAGCAAUGUAUGUGAACUUGAUAUAGUACUCAAUUACGGCAAGAUGCAUACCAUCUUAGACGAAAUGAUUGUUGGAGGUCAAGUUGUAGAAACUAAUUCUGAUAUCGUCAUGAAAGCCGUUGAAGAAAUUUCAAAGUUGGAAACGACAACGGCUGGUGCCAAACUCAUCUCCAAAUCGGCAUCUCUAUUGUGGGGGUGAUACCGAAAACCGUCUGUUCUUAACCAAGUCACCGCGAGAAUCAUCGGUAUGUUUGUAGACUUUACUCAAUUCUUUGACAUCUAUAUUCAUCAUGAAAACAUCUUUAUAUUUCUUUACUUCAUAUGAAGUUACCUUUUUUACUUGUAUAUAAUAUUUAUAUACUGCAAAUCAAACACGCAGACAUGUCCGACCUUUGGUCUGU